CGGAACCUCAAAGAAGAAGACACGCGCUCCCUUAUAUCAUCUCUAGCGAGGGGACUUCUACUUAGGAACAGUAAGCAGCGAGAUUUCUUCGUGCCGGUCGCAAACGAGCUACGGAAAAGCAGUCAGCAUGUUUGGAGCGGUGGUUGUUGGCAUUGGAACAGCCGGUUGGGUGAGGAUUAGAGACAUGUUAGCUCCUCUACCUGGCAGUCCUGCAGAGAAACUUAACGUCAAAGGAUUCAUCUCCAGGAGAAGCCUGGACACUCAGCAGGGCGUGAGUCAGAUCUCACUGGAAGAAGCUAAGAGCAGAGAAGACAUUCAUGCUGCGUUCAUCUGCACCGAGAAUGCGUCGCACGAAGACUACGUCAGAUCUUUUCUGCAGGCAGGGAAACAUGUCUGUGUGGAGUAUCCCAUGACUCUGAGCUACAAGGCUGCUGCGGAGCUUUGGGAUUUUGCUCAGGAGAAAGGAGUGAUUCUCCAUGAGGAACACAUCGAGCUGCUGACAGAAGACUUCAAAGAACUGAAAAAAGAGGUAGAGGGCAAAGUCCUGCAGGAAGGUACUCUUCACUUUACUGGUGGAGUUUUGAAGCCUGGAUUUGGUUUCCAAGCUUUCAGUGGCAUCGCUCGCCUCACCUGGUUGGUCGAGUUGUUCGGUGAGCUGUCAGUAACCGCAGCAACCAUGGAGGAAGACUCUGGUACCAACUACAGCAAAUUGACCGCAAAGCUGCAAACCUCUGACAACAGACCUCUGACGUGGAUUGAGGAACGGGGACCGGACCUCCCCCGGGCCAAGAACAUCAACUUUCACUUUGACUCCUGCACUCUGACCCAGAUCCCUCCGGCACCCAGGGCGGCUGUGGGCCUCUUCAUGCAGGACCUGAUCCAAUUCUCUGCCAAGCUGGCAGGCCAAGUGAGUCCGGAGGAGCUCCAGAGGGAGAGAACCAGGAUCCUACACUGCCUGCAACUGGCUGAGAGGAUACAACAACUUUGCCAAAGUUAAAUGGGGACUUAAAUCUAUCUUUAUAUUUCAUCACCAUGCCCUUAAGUUUUUGUAUCAUAAUGCAAGUAUCAUUUAGAAGUAUUAUGUCCUCAAAACUGAGACUAUUACUGUUUGAAGGCUGAGUCAUUGAACACAUUCUGCUAUGAGCAACACAUGUUUAGAGUUACAUUUGGUAAAUGGACUGCAUUGAUAUAGCACUUUUCUAGUCUUAGUGACACAUUCACAUUCGGUAGUAAUUUGGGCUUCAGUAUCUUGGCUAAAGACACUUCAGGAAUCAAAGCAGCGAGCUUCUGAUUGGCAGCAGCUCUACCUCCGGAGCCACAGCCGCCCCGUAACAUACGGUGCCUGAAAGAAGAGUAUCGCGAGCACCAGUGGUGGAAUGUAACUACUUAUAUUUACUCAAGUACUGUACUUAAAACUUUAAUGCCAUUUCUACUUCUACUCCACUAGUAAGCAGUUACUUUACAACUCAAUAUAUUUGCACACUAGACAUAUAUAAUGUAGUUUAGUUAUAAAUUAAACUACCCAACAAUACACAGGCCUACAAGUAAAGCUGAAAUGAUAAGACGAUUAAACCCUUUGUUCAUUGACAGAACAGUUUGGAUCGUUUCCAUCGUUUAGCUUCGCAAAUGUGAGGAUUUUUCUGCAUGGAGUACUUUUACUUUUAAUACUUUACAUACAGUAAGUACAGUAGUACAUUUUCCUGAUGAUACUUAUGUUUAUACAGUAAGAUUUUUAUUGAAGGACUUUUAGUUGUAAGAGUAUUUUUUUCACAGUGGUAUUACAUACUUAAAGCGCCCAUAUUCUGCUCAUUUUCAGGUUCAUAAUUGUAUUUUGAGGUUGUACAGAACAGGUUUACAUGGUUUCAUUUAAAAAAAAAACACCAUAUUUUUGUUGCACUGCACAUAGCUGCAGAUCCUCUUUUCACCCCGUGUUCGGGUCUCUGUUUUAGCUACAGAGUGAGACAUCUCACUUCUGUACCAUCUUUGUUGGAAGUCACAUGCGCAGUAGCUAGAAGCAAGCACUAUUAGCAAUUAACCACCUCAUUCUCCAUGGCAAAAAACUGGUACAACACACACAAGUUCACCCUAAUCUACAGAAGAAAUUGUAUAGAACUACUUGCAUGUCCCUCGUCUGCAGGUAUUCAACGCAAAGUGGAAGUGCAGCCUCGUUUAGAACGAGUCUUCGGGCUAACCCUUGCUCGUACUGCUGGAGAAACAGCUGGCUGAUGUGGUGUUAGCUAAUGUGGUUAGCACACACGCCAAAUGUUUCAGCCAGUGACGUAGACGGCCUUGCUGAGACUGAAGGCAGGAUACAUUUAGAAACCAUAUCUCACUCAAAACAGCAUGGAUAGUCCCCCCCCCCCCCCCCCCCCCCAGUUUGUAUGCGUGUGGAAGCACCAGAGACCCAAAAUAACCUAAAUCCCAGAAAAAGUGGUUCUUUUUUCAUACUAUGGGCACUUUAAGGAUCUGAGUACUAAUUCAUAUACCCAACUAUUAAACAUAAGACAUUUGUUUGGUAAAGGUAAAUGUAAAAUCAGUGUGCACAUACACACACCUAUUGGGAGCUAAUUGUACCAUACUGUGUCAGGUGGCUUUGUGUCUCAUGUACAAUAUUUUGUUUUAGAUAGCAAUGUUGACUGUUUCAUAUGAAGCGUUGAAUAUUAACCUGCUCUUAUUAAGAACGUUGUUAAGGAUCCACAACUGGAAAACAUCUAAUGUCAAACCAAUAUUGUCACCGGAGACAUACAAUAUAGGGGUUUUAAAUGUUACACUUAAACAUAUCUCGGUGAAUCCAAGAUUCAUGAUUUUUAAAUCAUUAUGGCUGCUUAUUGCUGUUUGUUUAUGCAUGACCUAAAUAAAGCUUACAUACA